UGGCCCGAACUACAGAUCCCGGAAGACCUUGGAGCACCGGUCCCGUCUCCCGGCUCAUCACUUCCACUCUGUGAAGCGAAACUGCGGCCGCGUUGUCCGUUGGGAAACGUAGUUUUGCGGUGACCAGGCCCCUCCCCCUCCAGGCCCAGGCGCGGCAAUAAGGCGGGCGAAGUGGCAGUGCUGGAAUACCCGCUCCUAACUGCCCACCCGGAAGGGUAACCUGGCUGGGGAGGAUUCUGGAGACGCUCCUGGGGUCGGGGUGGCUGAGAACGUGGCUCGAGUUCCACGCCUGUACGGCUUGGCAGGAGUCUGUUAGCAAGUGUCACACCAUGCUUUUGCCAAGUUCCUGAUUAAAGAUUGACGUCCCUGCAUAAGUAUUUCCCAGUUAAAAUGUCCUUGCCUCUUACAGAGGAGCAGAGGAAAAAAAUCGAAGAGAACCGACAAAAGGCUCUGGCCCGUAGAGCUGAGAAAUUAUUAGCAGAACAGCAUCAGAGCCCAGGCUUUGGCUCCUCCAUUGCCACCAACUCUUCCCAGUCCAAGCAGGGCCCUACCCCAAACCUCCCCAGGGAUCCGUCUAAGCCAGUGAACCAUGGUGUCGUUUUCCUGCAGCAGAAUCUCAAUAGUUCAUCUAAUGGUGACCAAAGACCUCCUAAUUCCCACAGUUUUCAUCUAAGCUCUCCAGAGCAGGCAAAGGGGAUCUGGAAAAGGCAAGAAGAUGUGUCCCCAGCCUGCCCGCGCCACGGCCCAUCAGGUCAAAUGACUCUCACUGGCAUCUCUCCUCCCUUGGCACAGAGUCCUCCAGAGGUCCCCACCCAACAGCUGUUGGGUGGUACGUUAGGUCAAGGUCAUCCUCAGGCUUCACAGGAGAUCAAAUCCACACCCUUUGCUAACACAGCUCAUGAGCCUUUGGCCAAAGCCAAGAGUUUCCAGAAGACACUAACUCCUUUCUUUAGACAGCCACCCAGGGAUCCUGGAGUAGAGGCCAAGGCAGUGAGGCCCUCCACCUCGGGGCAGAACAUUUCUGACACAAACUGUGGCUCGGGAAGUGCAACACCUGGGACAGAAGGCAGACGCCCUCAGAAAUUGGGGGCCUCACUCCACAAAGCAGGAAGCUCCCAGAAGGGAAUGUGCAUAAGGAGUGGGGAUCGUUUCCAGGUGAAGAUCGGGUACAAUGCAGAGCUCAUUGCGGUUUUUAAGCGUCUUCCCAGCAGAAGUUACGAUCCUGCCACCAAGACAUGGAACUUCAGCAUGACCGACUACGGUGCCCUGAUGAGAGCAGCCCAGAGCCUCCCCACGGUCACCCUGGAGCCUUUGGAAGGGGAGGACAGCAGGGAGUCACUCUCCACUGGGAGCGUGGCCCAUGCCUGCCUGCCUUCAGCUCCCUCCCUGGCCUUCGUCAAAGGGCAAUGCGUGCUCAUCUCCCGGGCCCGCUUCGAGGCAGACAUCGGCUACUCCGAAGACCUGAUGGCACUGUUUAAGCAGAUGGAGUCCAGAAGUUAUGAUGUCAAGACCAGGAAGUGGAACUUUCUCUUGGAAGAACACAAUAAACUAAUCCAGAGCGUGCGCUGCCUUCCACAAGUUCAGCUGGACCCUCUGCCCACGACACUCACCCUGGCAUUCGCGUCGCAGCUGGAGAAGACCUCUCCCUGUCUCACAGAGCCCAUCCCCGAGGCCGACCUUUCUGGAGUGGACCCCAAGCUCGUGUCCAAUCUGCUGCCCUUCCAGAGAGCGGGAGUCAAUUUUGCCGUAGCAAAGAGAGGCCGCCUGCUGCUGGCUGACGACAUGGGCCUGGGGAAGACCAUCCAAGCCAUCUGUAUUGCGGCCUUUUACCGGAAGGAGUGGCCGCUCCUGGUGGUGGUCCCAUCAUCUGUGCGCUUCACCUGGGAGCAGGCCUUCCUUCAGUGGCUGCCGUCUCUGAGCCCAGACCGCAUCAACGUCGUGGUGACCGGCAAGGACCGCCUGACAGCUGGCUUGGUCAACAUUGUCAGCUUUGACCUUCUGAGCAAGUUAGAAAAACAGCUAAAAACCCCCUUUAAAGUUGUCAUCAUUGACGAAUCUCACUUCCUCAAGAACAUCAAGACAGCCCGCUGUCGCGCGGCCAUGCCCCUCCUCAAGGUUGCGAAGAGGGUGAUCCUGCUGUCCGGCACGCCAGCCAUGUCCCGGCCCUCAGAGCUCUACACCCAGAUCAUCGGGGUCAGGCCAACUUUCUUCCCUCAGUUUCAUGCGUUUGGACUUCGCUACUGUGAUGCCAAGCGGCAGCCCUGGGGAUGGGAUUAUUCGGGCUCCUCCAACCUCGGUGAGCUGAAGCUGCUGCUGGAGGAGGCAGUCAUGCUGCGACGCCUCAAGUGCGAUGUCCUUGCCCAGCUCCCACCCAAGCAGCGCAAGAUGGUAGUCAUUGCCCCUGCCCGGAUCAGCACCAAGGCCAGAGCCGCCUUGGCUGCUGCGGCCAAGGAAAUGACCACCAUGAACAACACUAAACGGCAGCAGAAAGAAGCCCUCCUUCUCUUCUUCAACAGAACAGCUGAAGCUAAAAUCCCAUCUGUCAUUGAAUAUAUCCUGGACCUCCUGGAAAGUGGAAGAGAGAAGUUUCUAGUGUUCGCACACCAUAAGGUAGUCCUGAGUGCAAUUACAAGAGAGCUUGAGAGAAAGCAUGUGCCACACAUCCGCAUCGACGGCUCCACGUCCUCCGCAGACCGAGAGGACCUGUGCCAGCAGUUCCAGCUGUUCGAGAAGCAUGCCGUGGCCGUGCUGUCCAUCACUGCGGCCAACAUGGGCCUCACCUUCUCCUCGGCUGACCUGGUGGUGUUUGCCGAGCUGUUCUGGAACCCUGGGGUGCUGCUCCAGGCUGAGGACCGGGUGCACCGAAUCGGACAGGCGAGCUCCGUGAGCAUCCACUACCUCGUGGCGAGAGGCACAGCUGACGACUACCUCUGGCCCCUAAUUCAAGAGAAGAUUAAAGUUCUGGGUGAGGCCGGACUUUCUGAGACCAAUUUUUCAGAAAUGACAGAAGCUACUAAUUACUUCUACAAGGACCCAAAGCAGCAGAAGAUCUAUGACCUCUUCCAGCAGUCCUUUGAGGAGGACGGAAGUGACAUGGAGCUCCUCGAGGCAGCGGAAUCCUUUGACCCCGGAAGUGCUUCUGGCGCACCUGGAAGUGAUUCCCAGGACCUGGGAGACUCGGUGGACGAAAUCACGUCAACGGGCAGCCCCGUAAAGAAAAGGAGAUUUGAAUUUUUUGAUAACUUUGACAGCUUUAUGUUUCCCCUAUAAGAGGGGCAAAAAACCAAGGCAUCUAAAAAUCACGGAAAUAAAAUAAGAUGCUUUGUUUUUAGAGCUUGCGUUCCUCUUGACGUUACAGCAGUGCUGGCGUCUGUCUCCAGCCCUGCGGGUUGCCAGGCCGUGGGGCAGCAUUUCCUUCCGGGCCUCUCUGUGUGGAUCUGCUGGGGUCUUAACCUUAGCUUUUCUGGCUGAGAAAUAGAGACAGCGGAUUGUAGUAGUGAUAAUUCAUGUUCUUUAAGUAACGAGGUGCUUCCUAUGCAACCCCUGAAAUCUGGAUUUUUAAAAUUUACUGUUUCAAUAAAUAUUUAUAGAGCACCUGAUCUGUGUCAGGCAGCUUUCUAGGUGCUGGCAGUAAUUCACCAAGAGAGAAAGCUCGUACCUUUGCAGAAGUUGUAUCACAGGAGAGAUAAUAGUUAUACAUCCUACAAAGAAAAGUAAUGUUAAGGAGGUAAUCGUUUAGAGCAGGAGGUGACAAGCUUUUUCUGUCUAUAGUCUGACAGUAAAUAUAUUUGGCUUUGUGGGCCAGGUUGUCUCUGUCUCAGUUCUACUGCUGUAGGGCAGAAACAAUCAUAGGUAAUCCAGAAACAAAUGAUUAUGGCUCUUUUCCAAUAAAACUCUGUUAUGGACACUGAAAUUUGAAUUCGUAUAAUUUUCAUGUGUCACGAAGUUUUAUUCUUUUGAUUUAUUUUCAGCCAUUACAAAAUGUAGAAACUGUGCCUAGUCCACAGGCCAUAGAAAAGCAGGCAGUGGGCACAAUUUGGCCUGCAAGGCAUAAUUUGCUAACUCCUAGUUUAGAGCGGCACCGUCCAGUAGAAAUAUAACACAAGCCACACAUGCGAAUUUAAUUUUUUAAAAGAGUGUUUUAAAAAAUAAAGAAGGAUCAAAUUAGUAGUAUUUUCUUUAACUCAGGAUCUUCAAAAUAUUGUCAGUUCAACAUAUAAUCACUAUUAAAAAUUUAGAAACUUUC